UCUCUACAGAAUUGCUUGUUGAUACAUUGUGGGGGAAAAAAACUGCACCAUUUUGGCUGAUAACGAAAGGAAAACAUUAAACCCAACUCACUAGCAGUUUAACUUGCCGUGUUUAAAGUGUACCCAUCCGCCGUGUGUUGUAUACGCUACGUGUAAUGAUUCAUCAGUUUGCUUCCCUUUUGUUGAUCGUCUUGGUGCUAAGCGUAGACCAAGCAGCGGCCGCCGGAAUGGAUUUCGGUGAUGCCUCAGCUUUGGUUAUUGGCAUUUUGCUCGGCGUUAUCGGCAUACUGGCCUGUCUCGGCCAUCACGCAAGGAAGCUACGGGCAAAUCAGUUCUAACCAUCCCGUCCAGUCACUUACUUUGUCACUUGAACGCACUCAAAUCCCCCAACUGUUAAGUUAAGUGUAGGUAAGCAUGAGCUACCUAAGAUCUGUUCGAACGUUGGCACGUACGGCCACCUGUACACGGUAUCCGCACGGAUCGAUGUACGGCAUCGUCCACACGCAACGGAGACUCUUCUCGUACGAAGCCACCGUCAGUGGCAUUUGGCAAUCGUUAUCACACAGUGCCCCGGUCGCUUACGUGCAGCACGGUAUAAUAAAUCUGCACGACUUCACCGGACUACCCUGGUGGGCCACGAUCAUUCUCACCACGGUGGGUCUCCGUACGUUAGUCACGCUGCCGCUGGCGGUGUAUCAAAACAAAAUACUGACCAGACUGGACCAGAUUUCGCUCGAAAUGCCUGAACUGAUCAAAGAACUGAAAGCUGAAACGGCAUACGCGAUAAAAAAGUUCAACUGGACAGAAAAGGAAGCCCGCAUCAUGUACAACCGCUCGCUGAAGAAACAAUGGAAUAAUCUAAUUGUGAGAGAAAAUUGUCAUCCUGCAAAGACGAUGGUGCUGCUUUGGGGUCAGAUACCGCUGUGGAUUGUACAGUCGGUAGCGAUACGGAACCUUGUCUCAUUGAUGCCCGAUCCGACCGCGAUCGAGGCACAGAUCGCCUACACCGAGCUUACGGUUGGUGGCUUCGGAUGGAUACCGAACCUAAUCGAGUUGGACCAUUCGUUAAUUUUCCCCGUAACAUUAGGCAUCAUUAAUCUCAGCAUCAUUGAGAUACAGGCCGCGUCCCGUACGAAGCUACCCUCCAAAUUGCAGACCAUUUUUACCAACCUCUUCCGGGUGUUGAGCGUACUGAUGGUACCGAUAGCUGCAUCCGUCCCAUCGUGUCUCUGUUUGUACUGGGUAACAUCGAGCGCGUACGGGUUGGGUCAGAAUUUGCUACUUCUUUCACCACGCGUUCGUCGCGCUGUGGGAAUACCGAUCGUCCCAUCGGAACUUACCCAUCCUUACCAACAUCUGGGCGACAAGUUUGCUGCUAAGCUUGGUGCACUAACAAAUAUCGGUUCUAGAUCAAAAACGUAAUCAAGAUUAGAGGAGGGGUUUCGGAUAAUAAAGCAUUAGUCAGACAUUUUGUCCACACUGUUAUUGUACACACAU